AUGUCGGUCACCAUUCCCCUGAAAACAAUCGUGACCAACACCGCGGGGACAGACAAGUCCCAGAACCAACAACUCGAAGGUCGCUCGACGUCUUGCCAAGGUAGCCCCGAUCGAAUCACUCCUUACGAAUGCGAGUGCAAAGAUGAUACCCGCGAUGAGUGUCUGCCCAAGGGCCAGUCCAACGUUCGCUCGAAAGAUGCGGUAUUACGCGACGAGGGUCAUAUCUUUUUCUUCUCGCUGGGCUUUUUAAUCUUUAUCUUCAUCGGCGCGUUAGCUUGCACGGCUGGUUCGGCGAUUUCGGACCUCGUUUCGAGACUUAAUGGCCAUGAACGAAGAUCGGAGAGAGCAUUCCACGCGGAGGAGCAUACGCGGAGAGUAGCGCGCGCAGAGUCGGACAAGAAAUGGCAUAUACGACAACAGAAAAAGUAUGUGGAUGAAGAACAAGGCCCGGAAGAAUGUCCACCUCUGGAAGGCGGAAGGGAUCCGAUCGUCGGCGACGUCGCAUAUUACGCUCGAAGAGUUGGUCUUGAUGUGGAGACUUUCCGUGUCCAGACUGAGGACGGAUUCAUUCUCACGUUGUGGCAUGUGUACAAUCCACAGGAAUACGCGGCCCUGUCUGUGGAGGAACGACGCGAGCGUGGACCCUCUGUAUUUGGCGAAUCGAAGAAACUGGAUUCUUCUCGGGCUGGUUCGAAUCGGCGAUACCCCGUUCUUCUCGUUCAUGGGCUUCUCCAAAGUGCGGGAACGUUUUGCACGAAUGACGACGACUCCCUCGCUUUUUACCUUUGCAAGGCGGGAUAUGAUGUGUGGCUGGGGAAUAACAGGUGUGGACUACACCCCGAGCAUACCAAUCUGUCGAGUUCCGAUCCGCAGAUGUGGUCUUGGGAUAUUCGACAUCUGGGCACUCUUGACCUAGCAGCUCUCACCUCGCGCGUGCUGUACGAGACUGCUUUCGAGAAACUCGGCUUGGUGUGUCAUUCGCAAGGUACGACGCAAACAUUCAUUGCGCUUGCGAAAGAGCACCGCCCGGAAUUGGGAGAGCGAUUCUCAGUUUUCUGCGCGCUCGCACCAGCAGCAUACGCCGGUCCCCUCGUCGAAAAAUCCUACUUCCGGUUCAUGAGUGUUCUCUCGCCGGAUAUUUUCCGAUUAUUUUUUGGCAUUCACUCCUUCAUCCCGUUCAUGAUGACGGUACGCUCCGUCGCUCAUUCCAAGAUAUAUGGUACCCUUGCGUACUGGGUGUUUUCUUUCUUGUUCGGCUGGUCUGAUGCUCGUUGGGAGCGAGACCUGCGCGACCGCUUCUUUCAAUUCUCGCCUGUGUAUGUCAGCACUGAGUUGAUGCGUUGGUGGCUUGGGAGUGAAAGCUUCGCUAAGCAUAAAUGCAUUCUCUCGACGAUUGAUGAGGUCAAUAAUGACCAGAAAAGGACUGGAACAGGGAAAGACCAUGGUGACGAUCCGGGCGAUCCAUGUCUCGGUGGCCGGAAGGAUACUUCUUGGUAUGGACCUCAGGUCCCUCCAUUCGCACUCUGGAUCGGUGGUUCCGACGAACUGGUGGAUGGCCGUCGUCUGCUUGAUCGUUUCCAGUUAGGUUGCGAGCCGCAUAUACGACUUGUUCACUCGAAGGUUAUUGAUGAGUAUGAGCAUCUCGAUGUUUUGUGGGCUAUGGACGCGAUUGAGCAAGUUGGCAAAGAGGUUAGCCAGGUCAUUUGGACCACUGUGCCUGAGGAAGUUCGUGAUAGCUGUCGCGUUCCUCGUGGCAUCAAACCGAAUUUUGUAAAUAUGGAUCAAUGA